CAACUGCUGGAGAACUAUGGACAAUGAGUGCCAGAGGCUCCUCAAAGCGGUGGUCUUCGGCCUGCCUUGCACCGGGGCCACCGAGGCCUGUUUGCAGGUCUGCCCUGCGGCCUGCACCUGCAGCAGCGUGGAGCGCGGCUGCUCGGUGCGUUGCGACCGUGCGGGCCUCCUGCAGGUGCCCACUGAAUUUCCGUGCGAGGCGGCCUCCAUCGACCUGGACCGGAAUGGCCUGCGCAUCCUGGGCGAGCGGGCCUUCGGCACGCUGCCGUCAUUGCGCCGCCUGUCGCUGCGCCACAACAACCUGUCCUUCAUCACGCCUGGCGCCUUCAAGGGUCUACCGCGGUUGGCCGAGCUGCGCCUGGCACACAAUGGCGAGCUGCGCUAUCUGCACGCUCGAACCUUUGUGGCGCUUGCUCGCCUGCGCCGCCUCGACCUGGCGGCCUGCCGCCUGUUCAGCGUGCCCGAGCGUCUGCUGGCGGAGCUGCCCGCCCUGCGCGAGUUCACGGCCUUCGACAAUCUGUUCCGCCGCGUGCCUGGUGCGCUCCGAGGGCUGGCUAACCUGACGCAUGCGCACUUGGAGCGCAGCCGCAUCGAGGCUGUGGCCUCCAGCUCACUGCGAGGCAUGGGGCGCCUGCGCUCGCUCAGCCUGCAGGCCAACCGCGUGCGAGCAGUGCAUGCAGGGGCCUUUAGCGACUGCGGUGUCCUGGAGCAUCUGCUGCUCAAUGACAACCUGCUGGCCGCGCUGCCUGCUGCUGCCUUCCAAGGCCUCCACCGCCUGCGCACACUCAAUCUGGGAGGCAACGAGCUGGGUCAUGUGGCACGUGCCUGGUUCUCUGACCUGGCAGAGCUCGAGCUGCUUUACCUGGACCGCAACAGCAUCACUUUUGUGGAGGAAGGCGCCUUCCAGAACCUAUCAGGCCUCCUGGCCCUGCAUCUCAAUGGCAAUCGCCUCACCAUGCUCUCCUGGGCCGCUUUCCAGCCUGGCUUCUUCCUGGGCCGCCUCUUCCUUUUCCGUAACCCUUGGCAUUGUGACUGCCAUCUGGAGUGGCUGCACGAUUGGAUGGAGGGCUCUGGGCGUGUGGCUGAUGUGGCAUGUGCCUCCCCAGGUUCCGUGGCCGGCCUGGACCUCAGCCAGGUGGUCUUUGAGCACUCCUCUGAUGGCUUGUGUGUGGACCCUGAGGAGCUGAACUUUACCACAUCCAGUCCAGGGCCCAGUCCAGAGCCAGUGGCCACCACUGUGAGCAGGUUCAGCAGCCUCCUCUCCAAGCUGCUGGCCCCAAGGGUGCCCAUGCAGGAAGUAGCCAACACCACCUGGGAGCUGGUCAACAUCUCGCUGUACGACAGCCUUCCCUCUCGUGGAGUGGUGGUCUUGGGUUGCAAGGUCAUGUUUCUCUUUGCCUCUUGCCUCUUGCUCACCCUGGCACAGUAUGGCGUGUUCAGCCUGCAGAGGGACUGACUCUGCCACAGUGAAGUGACCCAAACCACUUAGGCCAAAAGGGGAGGGUUUGCUUGGCUGUGAUUAGGAGUGUCUGUAUUGAGAGGGGAGGGAAUAGGAUUAGGGUAAAAGUUCUUGCUGAGGGUGGAAGAAACACUAUCUCCAAAGAUAGCCCUAGACAGAGGAGCACUCUAGGAAAUGCCACUGAAGUGGGUAUAAAUUUCUGCUCUUCUCACAGGGGCAUCCAUUGAAAAAGAGAAGUAUGAACAAGGGCUCUUGGGUGGGUAGGUGAGGAAUGGAAGUUCCUGGGACUCCCACCCUCCACCUCCAGGGCCUACAUUAAAGCGGGACUCGAUUGGCUAAGGACUGACUUGAUUGGCUAAGUACUAAGAACUAUCUUAGUACUUAGUACAUGUACAUGCCAUCUCUUGUUUCAGUAGCCCACUAAACCCAAUCCGUCUUUUCUAACACGAUCCUCCUCUCUCUCCUAUGCCCAGGAGCUUGGGGAAAACAAGGUUCAGGAAGGUGGACAGGCCAUUAGAGAAGGGGCAUGGGAAAGAAGAGACUGAGAUCCAAGGCAGGUGGUGGUUGCUGAGGUCUGAGGUGUGUGUUAAGUGGAAUUUAAAACAAAGAUUCACUUCUUUUAGGCCACAAUUGAUCCUUUAGCAUAGUCAGUGCCAGGCCUAUGUUAAGGUGUGUUUGUAGACCACACUUAUAAAAUGCUACAAGGUAAAUCAAUAAGCUUCCAACUUUCAAGGAAGCACACAAUCUUCUUUUAGCAUUUCUUGUUGUAGGAAGGGUAUCCCUUCCCACAGAUGCUUUGUUAGCAGGGUAGAGGAUCUCCAGCUGGGAUGCGUUCAUUAGGUAUGAAAUUCUUAGGAGCUGCUCGCAUGGAGACUGACUAAUGGCCCAGAGGGAAGGGGGAACUCAGAUUUCUCAGGGUGCAUGCCUGAGGGCACAGGUCUACCAGCACCUACAGUGAAUGUGCAGGGGCUCUGAGCGUGGAGUGUAUGAGGGUACAGAUGCCGAAUCCCACCCAGGGCCACUGACACACUAGUUCUUCUCAGGGUGGAGGUGAAAAAGAGCAGAGGUUGAUUGUCUUGUCAGCCUCAGAAUCGGCAGCUCUCUGGGCCCUGGCCAUGAGUGUGAGCUUUGCAGGUUGCCCUCUAAAUGUUGGCCUGUGGGCUGGAGAUUAUAGGUCAGUGGUGGAUUAUAGAGUGCUUGCCUAAUAUGGGUGAGGACCUGGCUUCUCUACUCAUCACUGAAGGAAAAAAAACUGGCCAGUCACUUUCCAAUCUCAGUCUAGUUGGCAGUAGAACUGACCACAACAGGUGCGGGUCCUGAUGGGCCAUGAGAGGAUCAGGUCAGCAAACGUGCCAUGUGUCUGCUAAAUAGAUGCUCCAGUUUGUCUCCACACAGUGAGCAGCAAUAGCUGUAUUUGUCAAGGUCCUGGAAAUGUACAGUCUUCUUGUGCUGAGUUCCUUCCUUUGUAUGUAGAGAGGAGAGCUUUCAAAAAACCCACACAGAUUAGGGUGUGCCAAGCUGUCAAUGACAACAGUAUUUUUUCU